AUGGCGCUCCCCGGUUGCUCUCGUUUGCGCCUACGACAGAGCAUCUUCCUCUACCUAUUCUCUAUCACCGGCUUGUUGACUUUCGCCUGCACCCUCGCCAUUUGGUACGGCGUCAAUUCGGACCGCGACUACAUCCAUCCUCUGCUGACCCAGCUGAUCCCCGCCGGUCACUGCGCGUGCCAAACCUCCACCACCUUCCAAUGCUCGAGCUGCUUGACCUGCUCGCACCAAGGCCUUGUCCAGCAGGUCAACCCCAUUCCCGCGUGGGAGUUCCAAGCGGCCCGAGAUGGUAAAAACGAGGGAUUAGACCGAGCGCAGUGCAGGACCGCGUUCCCUGGCCUGUUCGAAGAUGUCCACCGCGCUGCGACCUUCUGGAGGACUCACGGGGCGCUCGCCAUGGAGGACCUGGAUGAGAUCCCGUUGAGAUUUGGCAUGGCACGAGUGUUCAUCCACCGCGGCGAGCUUUACGUCCUUGCCGCGCGGUCGAAGGGCGAAGAUCAUCGACGGAAGAUUGUCGCAGCGCUGAGCGCGAUCCACCGCGCAUUGGUCGCAGACCCCAGUCGCGGCUUGAAGCGGGACAUUGAAUUCGUCUUCUCGGUGGAGGACAAGGUCGAGGACGUGACCACCUCCGAUCAACCUAUCUGGGCACUUGCGCGCACUGCCACAGAGGAAGCCAUCUGGCUCAUGCCUGACUUCGGGUUCUGGGCGUGGGAAAAUGUCCACAACGCACUCGGCCCGUACGACCAGGUCGUUGACCACAUCAAACGCACAGAUAUCCCCUGGUCGGAGAAGAAACAACAGCUCGUCUGGCGAGGAAAGCCCAGCUUUGCCCCCAAGCUGCGCCGCGCAUUGAUGGAAGCUGCCCGUGACCAGCCGUGGGGUGACGUCAAGCAGGUUGAUUGGGGACAGCGCACGAAUAUCAUGCGCAUGGAGGAUCACUGCCAGUAUAAGUUCAUUGCACAUGUUGAAGGCCGAUCAUAUUCCGCGUCUCUGAAAUACCGCCAGGCAUGUAACUCGGUCAUUGUGGCGCACAAGCUGCAGUACAUCCAGCACCAUCAUUAUCUUCUCGUCCCCGACGGCCCCAACCAGAACUACGUCGAAGUCGAACGGGAUUUCAGCGACCUCUCAGACAAGCUGGAGCCUCUGUUAGCGAACCCGAGCCAGGCCGAGCGCAUCGCCAACAACAGCGUACGAACUUUCCGCGACCGCUAUCUGACCAAAGCCGCGGAGGCCUGUUACUGGCGCAUGCUCUUCGAAGGCUACGGCAGCGUCUGGAACAGCAGUGUCCCCGUCUGGUCGGAAAGAUACCAGCGCGAGCGAGGUAUUCGGUAUGAAUCCUUUCUUCUGAUGGAUAGCCGGCUCAUGUUCGAGUUUGACGCGCUGAGGGGAGGAUAUCGAUGACACUGGGGGAUUAACUUGAUACCACGGUGGACAUUCUGCAUUAUGGAGUUUGAGGGAGUUAGUAAACAUAGAAGGGGUUUGCAUUCGACAUGUGACAUUGUACAGACCAUUGCAUGCCAGCAACACUUGUUUUUCUUUUUCUUUUUUCUUUUUCUUUCUCUGAGAUACCACCGCAUACAUACUAUAUCCGC